CCACGACUGUAAAACCGCUAGAUUUUCUCAUGCGCUUCUCCUUUCGCAAUCAAUCUCCGAUUACUGCUCUUCUCAGUGGGCUCUGAUCUCUGAACCCAAGUUGUUGCAAGAAGUGUUGAUCUGUCUGUUCGGAAAGAAUGCCUUCCGAAGACAUCAUCAGCAGUCUACCAGAAACACUUAUUUGCCGUAUCUUGUAGUUCCUCCCCACAAAAGAAGCUGCUUUAACGUCUCUUCUCUCCAGAAAAUGGCGGUAUCUCUUUGCUCUCUCACCAAAUCUUGAUUUCGAUGAUUCGGUAUUUUGGCGUCCUGAAUUGGCAAGCCAAAAAACCAAUGAGAUUCAUCGAAUCUUUACGGAUUUCGUGGAUAGAGUACUGUGUUUCCAGGGGAUUUCUACUAUAGACAAGUUCUCUCUCAAGUGUGGAAAAGGUGUAAAUCCAUUUAACGUCUCUCGUUGGAUAUUCAAUGUGAUGGUUCGUGGGGUAUCGGAUCUUGAUUUACGCGUUACUGUUAAUUGGGCUGAUUCGAUGCCUUCAAUUUUCUUUGUGAGCAAGUCACUGGUUAGGCUUAGGAUAGUGACUGAAGAUGGUCCCGUCAUUGAUGUGGAAGAUGUUUUUCUUCCAAAGCUCAAGACUCUGCAUCUUGAUUCACUUGUGUUUAAAGACGGUGACAACUACCUCGUCAAGGUUAUCUCUGGCUGUCCUGUCCUUGAGGAAUUGGUUAUGAUCGAUCUAGGUUGGGAUGAUUAUUGGAACCGCUCUGUGUCUUCCAAAACCCUCAAGAGACUGACUUUACGCUGUCAAGACUGGGAUAAUAAUCCAGAUAGUGUUUCAUUUGAUACCCCGAAUCUUGUCUACUUUGAGUACUGUGAUCAUGUUGCGGACAAGUAUGAAAUAGUCAGUUUCGAUUCGCUUGUUGAAGCUAAAAUCGGCCUUCGAAUGACACGUGAACAGCGUUCACAUGGACAUGGGGUCAGUAAUGCGAGAGAUCUUCUUAUGCGGAUAAGCAAUGUUCACUUCCUUUACUUAUUUGCCACCACUCUUGAGACUCACAGGGACGUAGGAUGGGGAUCGUUGGCGGCUAUACUCAAGAACAGUCCAAAUCUCGAAACCCUGGUUUUUGAAGAACUCCAUCACAAUAGUACAUUUAAAUGUGAUGUUGUUGACGGGUGCCUAUGCAAACCUUCAGAGAACAUUCCUAGUUGCCUAUCAUCAAGUCCGGUGAAGGUUGUAAAAAUACUCAAGUUUGGUGAUAUUUCUUUUUACUGUGAUGACACGGAAAAGCAGAUGAAGCUGGUCAAGUAUUUCCUGGAGAUAAUGCCGAAUCUUGAACGAAUGAUAUUGUGUUACAAUACACGUAUUGAUGAAGAUUUGAAAAGCCAACUUGAGAGGCUAGUUUCUAGAGGAGCUUCACUGAAGUGCAGUGUCCAACUAAUCUGUGAUAACCUCAGCGAACCACUUUAUCCUUUCUCCUUUUUCGACUAAAUGGGAGAUUAUCAUCCUUCUUAUCUCAGAGAAGAUUAGCAAAGCUUUUGUUCUAGUCUUUAGCAUGAAAUUAUCUAAGUUUGGUCUUUGUUAUGUAAUCUGUGACUCUACGGCUUGUUAAUAUGCAUUUUCACGUCUUUUUUUAUAUUGUGUGUUGUACACUUUCAUGUUUUC